AAUCCGUCCAACUUGGGUUUAUCAACGUUCACCGCUAUUCGUUCCUGCUGCUAGGCUAGGGUUUGGAAAGUCUAGUGUUGUCUGUGCAACUUCAGUGCCGGAAGCAUCGUCUUUCUCUUUUGCCAAAUGGACCCAGCCAAGAAACGAAAGCUCGACGAGAAUGGCAUCGUCGCGGCCGACGCCAGCGCUGGACUGAACCAAAUCUCCCUCGAAGACGCUCGCAAGAUCAUCCAGCCCUUCACUCACGAGCAGCUCCUUGAGAUCGUCCAGAACGCCGCCCUUCGCCACGCCGACGUCCUCGACGCCGUCCGCUCGAUCGCCGAUCGCGACCCUACCCAGCGGAAGCUCUUCAUUCGGGGCCUCGGCUGGGACACCACCACCGAGAAGCUUCGCGCCCUUUUCUCAACCUACGGCGAUCUCGAAGAGGGCGCGGUGAUUUUGGAUAAGACCACUGGCAAGAGCAAAGGGUACGGAUUCGUGACUUUCAAGCACGUGGAUGGGGCGUUGUUGGCGUUGAAGGAGCCGAGUAAGAGAAUUGAUGGUCGGAUGACUGUGACGCAGCUUGCGGCGGUGAAAAACCCUGGGGGUGGUGGUCCCAUGGGCGAGGCGAAUCACGCGCAGCCGAAGCCCGGCUUGGAUGCGUCGAACAGGAAGAUCUAUGUAGCGAAUGUGCCGUAUGAUAUGCCUGCGGAGAGGUUACUGGCCCACUUUUUGGCUUAUGGAGAGAUUGAGGAGGGGCCUCUGGGUUUCGAUAAGGCCACGGGCAAAUCAAGGGGGUUUGCUUUGUUCGUAUACAAGACAGCCGAGGGUGCAAGGGCUUCAUUGGUUGAUCCAAUUAAGACAAUUGACGGCCACCAAAUGACUUGUAAAUUCGCAAAUGAUGGAAAGAAAGGAGGGGUGGCACCAGGGAUGUUGCCUGCUGCUGCUGCACCGACACUCGGUGCUGGACCGGCAGGUGCUCCUCUCGUUGAGGCGGCGCAUCUGCGGGGUGGUGAUGGACAUGGAAUUGGGGUUGGGAUGCACCCACAAUCUUCAUUUGCUGCAGCAGCGCAAUAUGGUGGUGGGCUUUCAGGUGGCCUACAGGGUCCACCACUGGGUCAUCAUGCUCUGAAUUCGCCUGUUGGUGGGGGUCCUGGGUUAUCCGGGGUGGGCAGUCUUGCACCUUCUUCCUUGGCUGCGAGUGGCGGCUACGGUUCUGGGUUGGGCGGUCCUUAUGGUGGUUCUCAUUAUGGAGGUCCUGCUUCAACUGGGUAUGGCGGAUUAGCUGCUGCUGUUGCAGGGGGAUUGGGUGGUAGCAGUGGCAAUUUGGCUGGUGCUGGUCGUGGUUCUUCAUUGUAUGGAUUGCCACCAAGUUCAGGCGGGAUGGCUUCUGGCAGUUUCCCUGAGAGCGCACACUAUAGCUUGUCAUCUUCUGGGCAUCCUAAUCAGCCUACAGGGACAUUAUCAACAACUAGAGUUCCACCUGGGGGAAUGUAUCAGGGUGGCCCUCCAUACUACUGAGGUAGCUGGCUCCUUGUUUCUCAUCGAUUUAUUUUAUUUGUUUUUAUUUCUUUUGGGGAACUACAAAUUUUAUCCUGGAUAAUCAAUAGUUGGUACAAACAAGUCGGGAGUAAAGCGCUUGGCUUAUUUUUCCCUUAACAUUCUCCGUCUGCCAUAUAGAAGAGAGCACUGAAUGUCUACUGCCAAUCUGUGGUAGUUAGUAACGCACAAGGCAAUCAUAUGACGCAUUGGUUAUUUGGUUUGCUGCAAAUCAUGUGCUUGCAGAGAAUUUCAUCUGGGUAUUAUUAUUAUUAUUAUGAUAUUGGUCAGAUGUUGAGUGGGUUUUAUGAGGCAGGGGAAGGGAAAAAAUCAGCCAGAAAAAGGCAUGAAGUUUAACUGUUUGGAUGGGUUGUCAAAUUGGCAUGUGGAAUUAGUUUUGUGUUCUCUGUUGGAAGUAGUUGUAAUUAGCGCAGCGCAGCGCACCCUCUUUAACUGGCAAGAGUUUGCCAUCAGUAGUGAUGGAUGGGGUGGGGGAUGUUAUUGGUCAGGUGUUAUUAUCGAAUUGAGCAUGCAACUAGUCAAUAAAAAUGGGUGGUUUUGCUGACUUAUGGGACUGGGAGCAUCUUCAUCAUCAUCAUCAUCAUGAAAAGCACUAUGUUUGCAGCAGCUUCGAAGUAAAGUUUUGUGACACUGACUCGAGGGACUACUACUACUACUUACUAGUGUGUAGAAAAAAGAGCCCUGCCCUGCCCUGCCCUGCCCAGCCCAAAAUUUAAUUUGCUGGACUGCUUUACUACUUGUGGAGAAUAAUGUUGUUGUUGUUGUAACUUCCCAGAUAUAUUUAUUUAACCUUAACCCUCCUCUAUUUGUUUGUUUGUAUAUGCCGAUGAUAAUUUUUAGGAAACAAAUAAUACAGAUACAUAUAUAUACAUGUGAAUGCUAUU